AUGAAGUUUGCAAAGGAGCUCGAGCAGGACCUCGUACCAGAAUGGCGCAUCAAGUACCUCAACUACAAGGCCGGCAAGAAGUACGUCAAGGCCGUUUCGCGCGCCAUCAACCGCGCCAACGGUAGCCCCCUCAACAACAACAAUAACAACAACAACGCCGCCAAGAUCGAGAACCGCAUCACCUCAAGCUUGUUCCACGGCCACUCGCCCUUUCACUCUCAGAAACACGCUGCCCACUCCAAGGGCCCCAACCAGAACCAUCCCAAUGAGCGCACCUCGCUGCGCGACAGCCCGGCCCCGGUCGGCUCGGCCCGCCAGAAGCCCGUGACAACACCCGCACGAUCGAUCCCUGCCGCUGUCCAAAGCGACCGUCGAGGCAUGAACGAUGGCUCGUCCGACUUGCAAUACGGGAGCUUCGUUCAUACGCCGCCUCACUACGAGACCGGAAACCCCUUGGGCCGCAAGACCACCUUUGAGCUCCCUGGGCCGGCUAUGCGCGUGCCAUCCCAUCAGAACGACACUAGCCCACAAGCCGCCUCCAUGCAGGAAGAAGCGCCCACGGCACGCCAGGCCAUCCAGAGAAGCACUUCCAUGAUCGCCGGUGCGCCUGUUGCGGCCGGCACACCCGCUGCCACCGACCACGAACGCACCCCGUCAUCACUGCGACUGCCUCACCCGGCGACCAUCGGCCCCGGAUACAACGCCUCGCCGCGGGCUGGCCUCCGCCGACUCUUCUCCACCGCCUCGCCCCUGAACCGCGUCGGCACCAAUCCGGAAUAUGGCCUACAGGGCUUGGCCCUGGACGUCGUCAGGCAGAAGGAGAAGGAGUUCUUUGAGUUUCUGGACUCGGAGCUCCAAAAGGUCGAGGCCUUCUAUAAGCUGAAGGAGGAUCAGGCCGGCGAGCGUCUCGCCCUGCUCAAGGAACAGUUGCACGAGAUGAGGAACCGCCGCACCCAGGAGCUGCACGCCCAGAAGCGCCAGGCCGAGAUCGACUUCUUGAACGGAAACCAAGGCGACCGCGACGGCCCCCAAAAGGGACCCCUCGGCUGGAUCGACCCCGUCAAGUCCAAGAUCUUCCGUCCUGGUCCCAACUCGCGCGCCCUCUCCAAGAUGGCGCAGACACCCGCCAUGCGCCCGGCCGAGGGCGGCGACGCGACCCGCGACUACAUCCGCAGGCCCUACGAGCACGAUGUGCCCUACCGCACCGCCAAGCGAAAACUGAAGCUCGCCCUGCAAGAGUUCUACCGCGGCCUUGAGCUGCUCAAGUCCUAUGCCCUUCUCAACCGGACCGCUUUCCGAAAGCUGAACAAGAAGUACGACAAGGCCGUCAACGCCCGCCCCCAGUACCGCUACAUGAACGAAAAAGUCAACAAGUCGUGGUUCGUCAACAGCGACGCCGUCGACGGUCACAUCAAGGCCGUCGAGGACCUCUACGCCCGCUACUUCGAGCGCGGCAACCACAAGAUCGCCGCCGGCAAGCUGCGGAGCCUGAGCCGGCGGCCCGGCGACGAGUCCGGCAGCGCCUUUAGGUGCGGCAUCCUGCUGGGCACUGGCCUGGUCUUCGCCAUCCAGGGCACCGUCUUCGGCGCCCAGCUCCUCUUCGACAACGACCCCGAGGUGCGGUCGCGCACGGCCUACCUGCUCCAGAUCUACGGCGGCUACUUCCUGAUGCUCCUGCUGUUUUGCAUGUUCUGCGUCAACUGCGCCGUCUGGACACGCAACAAGAUCAACUACCCCUUCAUCUUCGAGUUCGACACCCGUAAUAACCUCGACUGGCGGCAGCUGGCCGAGUUUCCCAGCCUCUUCACCUUCAUCUUCGGCGUCUUCAUCUGGCUCAACUUCAGCGAGUACGGCACCGACGAGGUAUACGAGUACUACCCUGUCGCCCUCAUCGCCUUGUCGGCCUUUAUCAUCUUCUUGCCUGCGCCCAUCUUCAUGGCGAGGAGCCGGAAGUGGUUCGCUUACGCUCAUUGGCGCCUCCUGCUCGCUGGCCUGUAUCCCGUCGAGUUCAGGGACUUCUUCCUCGGCGAUAUUUACUGCUCCCUGACAUACGCCAUGUGUAACAUUGAGCUGUUCUUCUGUAUAUACGCAAACGCCUGGGAGAACCCCGUUCAGUGCAACUCGAGCCACUCCCGCCUGCUCGGCUUCCUCGGCGCCCUGCCUCCGAUAUGGCGAUUCCUACAAUGCCUACGCCGUUACAGGGACACAAGGAACAUCUUUCCCCAUCUGGUGAACGGCGGCAAGUACAUCAUGUCCAUCCUCGCUGCUAUGUCGCUCUCAAUGUACCGCAUCAACAACACCCACGGCCACCUGGCCAUGUUCAUCACCUUUUCAACCAUCAACGCCAUCUAUACGUCCAUCUGGGACCUUUUCAUGGACUUUUCCCUUCUGCAGCCGCACAGCCGCCACUGGCUCCUGCGCGACAUCACAGGCCUUAAGAAGCGCUGGCCGUACUAUCUCGUCAUGGUCACCGACCCGGUCCUCCGCUUCGCCUGGAUCUUUUAUGCCAUUUUCACCCAUGAUACACAGCACUCCACCAUUGUCUCGUUCCUCGUCGCCCUUGCCGAAGUGUCGCGCCGCGGCAUGUGGACCCUCUUCCGUGUCGAGAACGAGCACUGCGCCAACGUCGCCCAGUAUAAGGCCUCGCGCGACGUGCCCCUGCCUUACCAUAUCGAGCCGCUCGUCUCGCGCCGCUCGCCCGAGAUGGCCGAGGGAGGCGGCGACGACGACGUCAAGGACAGCAACAUCGCCGAGACGGCGAGCAACUCCAGGAACGCCGCGUCGUCAGGAGCCACCACGACGGCCAGGCCGACGACGGCGACGGGCCAGGAUCUGGACGAGGAGGGCGGCGGCGGAACGCUGCGGCAGAGGAAGAUGGGCGCCGGCUUCACGGCGGUGCAGCGCAGUUUCUCAAGGAUCAUCGCCGAGGCGCACAGGCAGGAUUUCGAAAAGAAGAGGAAGCCCAUCGACGCCGACACGGAGCAGCUGGAGGAGGCCGGCGGCAUGGCCAGCGACGACGAUGACGACGACGAUGACGAUGACGGAUCGGAAGACGGGCAAGACGAGGACGAGGACGGGGAAGAAGGCCGGUCGGGCGGGUCGGCGGCGGACUCGAUGGAGAUCCGCGAGGCCGAGAGUCUGGUCCACGACCACGGGGACCGCAGGCCGAUGCACCAGUAA